GACAAUUAUUAGCAGUGAUUUGUUUGUUCACUUCCGGGUUCAUCUUCUUCUACGGUUGAGUUUGAAACGUCAUCGAUGCUGACAGAUUCCAGAAGCAGCUGAGCGAGGACAUGUUUUUCUUCCCAAAGAAAGACGAAGUUGAUGAGAAGUUGUCCCCCAAUGAGCGCGAAGGAGGAGGUCUUAUCUGUCCUGCGUGUCUUCAUCCGUCACUGGGACGCACUCGGACCGACUUCACGUCCACGCCGCGCCGGACCAGGAAUAACUCGUGCAAGGAGACGCUCGGAAGGAACAGAACCCUCCCGCAAGAACCGAAUCUGAGCCGCUCUGCCGCCCCGCACUCGUCAGCGCAGCUCCGACUCCCAGAGGACUUAAGUUGGCAAUGAAGACCCGAAUGGACUGACUUUACUUGGCCGGGAUAAACACGACCUUGACGCGCUCAAGUCUCCCGCUGAGACGACAAGAGAUCAGGUGAUGUCGAUAAAGUUUGCGGUCCUCCAAAAGUGAGAAGACGGCGCUGGAGUUGUUCAAGAGUCUUCAUUAAUGAUGUCUUCCAUGCGAGUGUCGCCUCCCUUUCGCGCUCCAUCCGAGGAAGCGGACGACGACGACAACAACGCUGCCUGGGUGGACGACGAGGGUCCCAGGGAGACCACGUCGCCCUCUCCUCCCGACCAGCCCCGCCCCCUGGACGAGCUGCAGCCAAUCAGGGAGAAGCGAGGGGCCGCGGACUCGUGGGAGGAUGUCGGCUCUUCCGCCAUGGACCACGACGGCGCUAAAGGAUGCUCCGCCUACUCCUACCGGGCCAACUCCGCCUCCCCGCCCAAGCCGGAGGAGUGUUCCCGGGGGGAUCGCGGCGAGCAGACGGUGUCGGGCGCCACCUUCGGCACGCCGGAACGCCGCAAAGGGAGCCUGGCGGACGUGGUGGACACGUUGAAACAGAAGAAGCUGGUGGAGAUGACCAAGACGGAGCAAGACGAGCCGUCCUGCAUGGAGAGACUGCUCUCCAAGGAAUGGAAAGAACGCGUCGAUCGCCUCAACGCCACUGAACUGCUGGGUGAGGUCAAAGGGACGUCAGAGUCGCUGGAGGACAAGGAGCGGCAGCUUUCCGCCAUGAUCGGCCAGCUGAUCAGCCUGCGCGAGCAGCUCCUCUCUGCCCACGACGAGCAGAAGAAGAUGGCCGCCUCGCAGCUGGAGAAGCAGAGGCAGCAGAUGGAGCUCGCCAGGCAGCAGCAGGAGCAGAUUAGCAGACAGCAGCAGCAACUCCUGCAGCAGCAACACAAGAUCAACGUUCUCCAACAACAGAUCCAGGUCCAAGGGCACAUGCCCCCCCUCAUGAUCCCCGUGUUUCCUCACGACCAGAGGUCUUUGGUGGCUGCCGCCGCCGCACAGCAGGGUUUCCUCUUCCCACAAGGCAUGUCCUACAAACCAGGUGACAACUACCCCAUGCAGUUCAUUCCUUCAACAAUGGCGGCCGCUGCGGCUUCUGGACUCAGUCCACUUCAACUACAGCAGUUGUACGCCGCCCAGCUAGCAAGCAUGCAGAUUUCACCAGGGGCCAAGAUGCCGCCACUCUCGCAGGGGCCCAUCAACGCCUCGGGCCCCCUGUCGCCUUCCGCCCUCAAGAGCGAAAAGAAAGCGUCCAGUCCUGUCGCUCAAGUCAAGGAGGAAGGAUCCACACAACCUCUCAACCUCUCAGCCCGACCGAAGACAGGAGAGCCUCUGCGCUCGCCAACAUCGCCCACUCAGACCAUGUUCUUCGGCAACAAGACCAGCCCCACCGGGAGAGGCAAGGCCCGGGUCCCCAGCCCCGUGUCCUCCAUGGGCCGCAACGCAUCCCUAGACAUCUUGUCCAGCCUGAACUCCACGGCUCUCUUCGGGGACCAGGAUGCCGUGAUGAAGGCCAUCCAGGAGGCCAGGAACAUGAGGGAGCAGAUCCAGAGAGAGCAGCUGCACCACCACCCGCAGCACCAGCCUCCCUCCCAUCUUCACCACCACCACCAUCAUCAUCCUCCUCCCUCCGCAGCGCCUCCCGGUCACCAAAGUCUGGAGGCCAAACUGUCGGCGCUGAGCAGCAUGAGCCUCAACAACGGCAACAAGGAGCGUCUGCACUACGAAUCGCUGAGUCAUCACUUGGGCAAACUGGGCGAGGAUGCGGGCAAGAUGGUCCACCGAGUCAUCGACCUGACCAGGCCAGAGGAUCUGGAUGGAAGCAGCAUCACGGAGGCGCGAGUGUUCCGGGAGGCGCGGGGCAGGAACAACACCGAGCCGCACAUCAAGAGGCCCAUGAACGCCUUCAUGGUCUGGGCCAAAGACGAGCGGAGGAAGAUCCUGCAGACCUUCCCUGACAUGCACAACUCCAACAUCAGCAAGAUCCUAGGUUCUCGCUGGAAAGCUAUGACCAACCAGGAGAAGCAGCCGUACUACGAGGAGCAGGCCCGUCUCAGCAAGAUCCACUUGGAGAAGUACCCCAACUACAAGUACAAGCCGCGGCCCAAGAGGACGUGCAUCAUCGACGGCAAGAAGCUGCGCAUCGGCGAGUACAAGCAGAUGAUGCGCUCACGACGCCAGGAGAUGAGACAGUUCUUUGUUGGCCCCCAGGCUCCCAUCCCCCUGGGCAACAGCGCGGGCAGCGUGGGCGUCUACCCGGGCGGCAUCACCAUGGCGACGACGGCCACGCCCUCCCCCCACCUGACCUCGGACUGCUCCAGCAACUCUGCCAGCCCAGAGCCGGCCGCGCCCGUCAUCCAGGCCGCGUACGGCGUGGUCAAGGCCGAGGCCCGUCGCGACGACACGGACAUGUACGAGGACUUCGAGGACGAGCCCAAGUCGGACUACAGCAGCGAGCACGAGACGCGGGAGGACAUCGGCGCCAACUGAGCGCGCUCACAAAACGAACCGUCUUCGUCAGACGGCCGACGGUGACCUCGGACCCGCCGAGACGAGCCCGUCACGAUCUGAGGAGUCGGCAACUUUUUAUUAUCUCCGUGUUUUUACUUCUCGUCUUUGA